UGGAAGGGCUCUCGCUCAACGGAUCAAAGGUAUGUCGGGUAUAACAGGUUGAUGACUCCCAAGAGCUCUUAUCGACGGAGUCGUACCUCGAUGUCGACUCAUCACAUCCUGGGGUUGAAGAAGGUCCCAAGGGUUAGGUUGUUUGCCGAUUCAAGUGGUACAUAAGUUGGGUUUAGAACGUCGUGAGACAAUUCAGUUCCUAUCUAUCGUUGGUGUUAAAGGGGGAACUGCGAUGAGCUAAUCGUAGUAGGAGUGGACUGGGUUGGGCUAACCUAUGGUGUACCAGUUGUUAUGCCAAUAGCAGCGCUGGGCAGCUAAGUUGGUAUGGAAGAACUGCUGCCCCGCGGGAAAUCCUUCUCUAUAUAAGUUCUCAGACGAGGUUUUUGAAUAGAACUUCGAUAGGCGAGAGGUGUAAGCACUGCGAGGUGUGAAGCGAUCUCGUACCAAACGAAACGACUUUCACUUUCCAUAAAAAAAUGAAAGAAAGGAAAAGCUCGAGCGAAGAGACCGAUAAAUCCGAGCUAAGCAUCGACGAUACACGCACCACCGGUAGUCGAUCCUACGAGUGUGUGUUUUGCAGGAGAGGGUUCACCACAGCACAAGCCUUAGGAGGGCAUAUGAACAUCCAUAGGAAAGAUAGAGCCAAGAGCAGGCCUAGUUCAGUUCCCAUACUACUUUCAGGAACUGAUGACAAUUACCCAACAAUUAAGUCCUAUACUUAUCAGCCAGAUUACUCCAUAGCUCCUGAGGUACAUGUAAGUUACCAAGCUUUUUUCCCAGUUUCAGGUUGGGGUUUUAGACCCCCAUACACGGCUGAAUUCUUUGUAGACAAUUCACAGCAUCCGAAUCGGAGUCUAAGCUUGCGAAUCGGUCCGUCCCCUGUAGAUGAUCAUCGAAACAAGAAGGCUGAUGGAAGUAUUGGAGAAGAUGAAUUAGACUUGGAGCUUCGAUUAGGUCACGAUCCAUAG